AUGAAUUUUCCAGAAAGUCCAGUAACCGUGAGACUCAGCAACAGUUCGUACGGAAGAGUUGAAGUAAAUUUUAACAACCAGUGGGGUACAAUAUGUGACAACUUUUGGAACGACAACGCAGCUAGCGUCAUUUGCAGAAUGCUGGGAUACAGGAUAGGAAAUACGAUUCCCAGGAACAAACGGUCGAGCGGAGUAGGAAGGAUCUGGUUGGAUCAGGUACAAUGCACCGGUAUUGAAAACAACAUCAAAUAUUGCCAGCAUCGCUCUUGGGGUUCUCAUGACUGUUCGCAUUACCAAGAUGUUUCUGUUGAAUGUCACGAAUCUCUAUACCAGAAUGUUCGGAUAAUCGGAGGACAGUCGAAAGGCCGUGUUGAAGUCUUCCAUAAUGGCAUUUGGGGUACUGUCUGUGACGAUUACUGGAAUGACAAAGCGGCAAUAGUCGUUUGCAAGGCUCUGGGCUUCAGGACUGGUAAAGGCUUGCUAGGGAAGCGCACACCAGACGGUACGGGGAAAAUGUGGUUAGAUGACGUUAAAUGUACAGGAAAUGAAAACAGUUUGGAUGACUGCACACACAAGCCCUGGGGUUCGUCAGAUUGUACACACAGUGAAGAUGCUGGAGUUGAAUGUUUUAAUCGCAUCUAACAACGUUAAAAACGGAAAAUACAAACAAGAGAUCUGGAGUGCUCAACACUGAGCUGAUCACGUGAAUGAAAACGUCAUCCACCAAAGACAUAAACUAAUACAGUUUGUAGUUGUCGACAAAUUACAAGAGUCUCAUUCUUUUCCUUUCCUUCUCUCCUUGCUCUUUCUCUCU